UAGGUCCCUGCUGCGGCCGUAGUGCGUCAGAGCUGCUGGUUGGCUCCGGUCUAGGGACGCGGGGGUCCGCAGGGCCUGAGGCCGGGGCCCAACCUGGCUUUCCGGGAUGUCGGUGGCCUUCGUACCGGACUGGCUGAAAGGCAAGGCGGAAGUCAAUCAGGAGACGAUCCAGCGGCUCUUGGAGGAGAAUGACCAGCUCAUCCGCUGUAUCGUGGAGUAUCAGAACAAAGGCCGGGCGAAUGAGUGCGUCCAAUACCAGCAUGUGUUACACAGAAAUCUCAUUUAUUUGGCUACCAUCGCAGAUGCCAACCCAACCAGUGCUUCAAAAGCAAUGGAAUAAUCUUUCAGUUGUCUGUCAUGAGGAGUAAUUGAGGAUAAUCCAUGUCCUAUGAAGUAAAGACAGGAUCUUUACCAACUCAACUGCUUAAAACACGGAUGAACCCUUGUGGCUCUUUUAAAAAUGUGAAAAUGUGAAGAAAGCUACUAAUGAACUGUAUUCUCAGUGUAAAUAUUUAUUUUAAUAAUUAAGCAGAUUAAGUUGACUCCAGAUGUUCUCUUUCCUGAAAUGGGCAUGUUUGGAUAACAGAGAUAUCAUGGGCAUCUUCAAUUCUACCUUUUCAGUUUUAACAUGAAGUUGGAACUGAUUAGGUGGUGGGCAAGCAAUAGCAAUUGACGAGACUCCUAACUGAGGUGCUGCCAAGUGGACGUGUAACUGUGUGCUCCCCCGUCAGUUGUAGUGGUGGACCUAACCAUUGUUUUCAGGUUGCUUUGAAAUAAAGCUUGCCUUUCCACAGAACACUCAUAUUGAGGUAUAGAGAUUUUCAUAAGAUAAGUGUUCCGUUUGGUUUUCCGGAAAAACUAUAAGAACUUAAAAAUACAUGUAACGACACCAUUAUCAUUGCUAACAAAAUCAAUAGUAAUUCUUAAUUACUACUUAAUAUCAUCUACUAAUAUCUU